CGCGCUCAUUCGAACGUAAUCCCAGUCAAUAUAAAGUUACGCUACAGUCAGUGCAUUGUGCAUCUCCACAAAGUAAUCAUGACGUACUCCAAGCGUGUGCCAAGGAGCACCGAAUUGUCAUACAAAAGCGAUAACGAUUACAGUCUUCAACUGACUCGUUGGUUUCUGAUGCCGAUUGGUGUUUGGCAGCGAGUACACGUGACGACGAAAAUUGACAAAUUUUUCUCGCACAUACACAUUCUCGUAUGCACAUUCGUGAUAGCAAUCAUCGUGAUACCAUGUUUCUUACACCUCUCUCUAGAGGAAAAAGAUAUGGAAAACAAAUUGAAUAUCAUAGGUCCACUGAGCCACUGGACCAUGGGCAUGAUUAAUUACUAUUUGCUCCUCGCACGCAGUGAUGACAUUCGCGAGUGCGUGCUGCAUAUGGAAACGGAUUGGCGGCUCGUUCGAAAGAUCGAAGAUCGACAGAUAAUGCUGCGACAGGCUAAGAUCGGUCGCUUCAUUGCCGGAUUCUGUGCAGUGUUCAUGCAGGGCGGCACGUUACUCUUUAAUGUAGCUAAACCAACCACCACCAUCAUCGUCGACAAUGAAACUCUUUCGAUACACCCAAUGACUUGCCCACUUUACACCAAGUUUAUCGAUACAAGAUACAGCCCCGCGAAUGAAAUCAUGGUGCUUAUAGAGUUGUUUUCGGGUUUUAUAGUGAAUUCUGUUACGGUGUGUGCUUGCAGCCUCGACGCAGUUUUCGCGAUGCACGCAUACGGACAACUGGACAUAUUAUUUUCGUGGUUAAACGAACUCGUCGUGGACGGAGAUAAAGGAAAUGAAUACGCUGAACAAAAGUUGGCUGUUAUCGUGAAACAUCACUUGAGAGUGCUGAGUUUUAUAUCGCGUUUGGAAACUGUUAUGCAACAAAUUUGUCUCGUGGAAUUACUGGGAUGCACGAUGAAUAUGUGCUUACUUGCAUAUUAUUUUAUUACGAAUAUAGAUUCAUUUGAUAGAGCAAAGACACUGUCAUAUGUGAUUAUAUAUCUGUCUAUGGCUUUCAAUAUUUUUAUAUUUUGUUUCAUCGGAGAGAUUCUCACAGAACAGUGCAAAAAUGUUGGUGAAAGAGCUUAUAUGAUCAAGUGGUAUGAAUUACCGAACAAAACUGCUCUUGGACUCGUUUUAAUGAUAGCACGAUCAAGUAAUGUUAUCAAAAUAACUGCAGGAAAAUUAUUUCAGUUAUCUAUCGCAACUUUUGGCGAUGUAAUUAAAACUUCCAUGGUAUAUUUAAAUAUGUUGCGAACAAUGACAUGAUUCUUUGAACUAUAUUAAUA